AUGAUAGUUUUAGAAACUAAACAAAUAAACAAAAUGAUCACAGAAAUAUUCAUCACGAGCAAAGGAGGUCAACUGCUCUAUGGAAAUGUGGAGAAAUACAGUGAAAUGUGUGAGAUAGAUUUCAACAGUAUGAAGACACCAACUAGGCUGAGCACACUUGCAGUAAAUGACUGUAUUAUGUACAUUCUGUAUCAUAGCAUGGACAAUUUCAUGGCUUCAAAGGCAUUGCUCAACAUCAAAGAGCACCUUAAAAACAGUGGCCUUGAAAUAUCACGAAAUAGUCUCAAUGAAAACUACUUCAAAUUCAUCACUGAGCUAUAUCAUCCAAGUUUGAUUAGGGAUCACAAGAAGACAUAUAUUAGAAUUAAGACAGACAACAUAUACAUUGAUGUGGUGGAACAGUAUCAGACAGUGAUAAAAAACAAUCAGGUAUUAAAAAACAGUCUUUUUGGUGAAAUACUCUACAAGGACAAUAGGGAAAUCAAGGUAGAAUUUACAGUACCAAAUCACGUUGAUGUGGUGAAAACAGAUCACGCUGUUCAACUACUCGAAGCAAAUAAGCAUCAGCUCUACUACAAGAAUGGAAGUAGAACACUAGCAAGCUACUUCAUCAACAAUGUGAAUGAGCCAUUGAUCACCCUCAGCAAGACAAACAACCUCUAUAAAUUCACUGCCACUAAACCAGUGAAGUUCAAAACAAUUCGAAUCAGAAUCCCAGUCCCAGAAACAGCCUAUGAUUCAAAAACAGAGGCACGAAAUGGAGAACAUAGGUUGAACACAGAGACAAGCUACGUAGAGUGGAGAUUCACAAACUACCUGUUUACAGAAGAGUUGAUCAGAGUGGAGCCAAUUGUGUUAGAGAUUGCACGAGACACCAGAUCAAUAUUGAUUGAUUUUGUGAUUGAGAAUUAUGCAGAUGCUUCAGCCAAUAUCACUAGAAGUGAGCUUGUUUUCAAUCAGGAAGCUAAGAUUUGGGUGAAAUAUUUCACACAGGCGAGUCACUACGAAAUCAGAAUGUGA